AUGACCACACCAACUGCUCCCCCGAUCCUGGACUUCUCUGCUUUCUACGGUAGCGACAACGACGCAAAGGCCAAGUUGGUGGAGGAGGUGCGCAAGUGCUGCCACUAUAAUGGCUUCUUCCAGAUUACGGGCCAUCGCGUGCCGCUCGACCUGCAGCGGCGCGUUAUGAAAUGCUCCAAACGCUUCUUCGACUUGCCUUUGGAAGAGAAAAUGCAAAUUGACAAAAAUCUGAACACCUUUAACCGCGGCUACGAGCUGCUGCGAUCCCAAAUGCUCGAAGCAGGCACCGGCCCCGAGCUGAAAGAAGGGCUGUACAUUGGCGAGGAGAUCCCCGAGGAUCACCCAUACUUUGUCCAGAAGAAGCUGAACAGUGGUCCUAAUCAAUGGCCACAGACGGUGCCCGACCAAGCGGAGUUCCAGCUGACAACGAUGGAAUACUACCACGCGGUAUUCGAGCUCGCGAAAGACGUGCUGGGUGUGGUUGCGUUAACGCUCGGUGUGGACUCGACCUUCUUCGAGCCUCUCACCCAAGGCGCUGUUGCCACGAUGCGCUAUCUCCACUAUCCCGCGCAACCGAAGGACCAGGAUGAGAAACUGAAUCGUGGAAUUGGCGCCCAUACCGACUUUGGAUGCGUCACUCUGCUCCUGCAGGAUGAAGUGGACGGCUUGCAGGUCUUGGACAUGCCUACUGGACAGUGGCUUGAUGUUAAGCCGGUCGAGGGAGCCUACGUCGUAAACCUGGGCGACCUGUUCAUGCGCAUGGCCAACGAUAAAUACAAGUCGAAUAUUCACCGCGUGAUUAACAAGUCGGGCCGUGAGAGAUAUUCGAUUCCUUUUUUCUUUAGUGGAAACCCAGACUACCUUUGCGAGUGCCUACCCAACUGUCGCGCACCGGGCGAGCCAGCCAAAUACCCACCCAUCACCGUCCAGGAGAGGGUGACCGAAGCCUACAAGGAAAGCUAUGGUCGGGCAGAAAAAUACAAGAAGCAGCUGAAGAUGCAGGCCCUGGGAGAUAAAGCCGCUGGCAAUAUCAUUGCCCUCGAUGACCAUGAAGCUGAUGAAUUCUAUGGCUCUUCUACCACCCAGGCAUACCGCCUCAAGUCAGAGCUGGUAGGAAGUUGCAUGGAACAGAUUGGCAUGGGAAGGUUUCAGUGGAAGCUUUUUGUAGUAACCGGCUUUGGAUGGAUUGUGGAUAACUUUGCUUCCCAAGGUAUUGGCAGCGUCCAGCCUCCCAUUGAACAGGAGCUUCCGGACAUUGUCAGUGUCAGCUAUAGCUCAUUGGCCUACUACGCCGGUCUCAUUCUCGGUGCAUCUUUCUGGGGCAUCUCCAGCGACUUAAUCGGUCGAAGACCCGCGUUCAACUAUACAGUCCUUAUUGCAGGUAUCUUCCUCUGCGCUGUGGCGGGAUCUACGAACUUCGUGACCUUCAGUGCUCUCUGGGCCGUUAUUGGUACCGCGGCUGGAGGGAACGUACCGGUGGGUUCGAUGAUGUUCUUGGAGUUUGUUCCCAGGAGCCACCAAUAUCUUCUCACUGCAUUGACCGCAUGGUGGAGCCUAGGUCAAUUGAUUGUCUCCUUGGUGGCAUGGGUCUUCUUGGCCAACUUCAGCUGCCCAACAGACGCGACUCCAGCAACUUGUCCCCGUCGCGAGAAUAUGGGAUGGCGGUAUACGAUGAUUACACUUGGUAGCAUGGCCCUUCUCUUCACAUUACUACGUCUGUUUGUUUUCAAGCUCCCGGAGACUCCACGAUACCUGCUGUCUCAGGGUAGGGACGAAGAUGCGGUGGCGGCAGUCAACCAUGUUGCUCGACAGAAUGGAAGGCCAGAGCCCUUGACAAUUGGCAUGCUUCGCGAAAUCGAUAUGCGGCUAGGCGCUACGCCUAGUGAAAAUGGAGCACACGCACGACUUUCCACCAAGCAAGUGGUCUCGGAAAACCUGCGAUCCUUCAGGGGUGAACAUUACCGCGCUCUGUUUGCAACAUCGAAGCUUUGCAGACAUACCAUAAUUACUUGGGUUAUAUGGCUAACCAUCGGCAUCGGAUACCCUCUAUACUUCAACUUCCUCCCGUCGUAUUUAGCAACCAAGUUUACCCAGAGCUCGACUCUCGAUCUAACAUACCGCAACUACUGCAUCACCUCCGCCGUGGGAAUCGUCGGUCCCCUAUCCGCUGCUGUAGGAGUCAACACGACGCUCGGCCGCAGGUAUAUGAUGGGGAUCUCGUCUGUGGUGACUGCCGUGUUCCUUUUCGCCUACGUGGGGGUCAAUAGCUCCACGGCCAGUCUGGCUUUCUCCUGUAUCACCAGUAUACUGGCGAACUUUGAGUAUGCUGUUAUGUUCGCCUUCACCCCUGAAUCCUUCCCAGCUCCCCACCGUGGUACCGGGACUGGCACCGCAUCAGCUCUUCUGCGCCUUGGGGGUUUAGUGGCUAGUCUCAUCUCCUCUCAGACCGGAUUUACCAGCGCCCCGAUUUAUGCCAGCGCUGCAAUGUGGGUGACGGUGGGCGCUCUCUCUUUCGGGUUACCGUUUGAGACGCAUGGUCAUGAGGCACUGUAA